CUGUCGUUUGGUUGUUUUGACGGUUGUUUUCUUUUCAGUUGCUACAAGUGUUUCUGUGAUGAGCAGUCGCUGCUGGACCACAUCCCGAAACACAAGGAGUCGAAGCACUUGAAGGUGCACAUUUGCCCCUACUGCGGCAAGUCGUACACACAGGCGACGUACCUCGCCAAGCACAUGACCAAACAUGCGGACAAAAAACCGGCCAAGAUGCUGACCGGCGGCGACGAGCACAUUUGGGUCAGGGAGAACCCGAUGUGCGCCAUGCCGACCAUUCUCGACUCCUGUGGUGACCAGGCAUCCGCCAGUGCUUUACCGUUUAGUAAGUGGUUCGAUGAGGAACCGGAACCUUGCGCACAUUCUUUCUCUGCACACAACCACAUGAUGCAGCCACAGACCUGUGCCUACACACCGACCGGCAUCGCUUCGAGCAUGGCCGCUGCUAGCAUGGCCGCUGGCAUGGCCGCGGACCCAUCCGCCUUUACGCGGCUGACCGGAUUAAAUCCGCUUAGCCGCGGUUUCGCUGCCGCCUCGACGCGCACGCCCUACUUCGCCUACGACAAUUUCAAAUCAUCACCGCACCCGAGUUCUCUAGGACAUCCGAGCACCCCUUACAACCAGUUAAUUCGAUUGGAUGAUAUCAGAAACUACGCUGGACAGGCGGCCGCCGCCGCUUCCGCCGAACACCUGAGCAUGCUGGUGAAGAGGGAUCCGCGGGAAGUGGUGUACAACUAACU